AUGGAGGCGGACCAGCGGUAUGCCAACCUCCCGCCUAUCCCCACCUACGACGAAGCUAUUUCAGCACGGCCUGCGCAAGAUCACCGAGGACCACAGGAAGUCAGUGACGAUGCGGAGAGGCAAGGCUUGCUGGGACAGUCGGGGUCGAAUGCACAUCGCCCCCCGACUGUAGAGUCGGCGCGGUCGAGCGAGGAAAGCGACCUCGGCCUGCCGGAAGUGGUGUUUGGAGAGGAUGAGGAAGAGGAUGAACACCGCCGGAUUGAGGAACUCGACUACCUGGAUCCCGCGGACAGCGAUCCGUCCAGGAGACAACGCGGCGUCUAUCACCGCGCGCGAUUACGCAGGAACCUCACCAAGCAUCUCGCCAACAUCUCCGCCACCUUCUCCUCCAUCCGACUCCCUUCCUUCCGCUCCUUCUACUCCCCCCCGGCGUCUACCGAUCCACCCGCCCCUCCUCGCAGCCUCUGGCGACACCCCUACCUCGUCAUCCCCGACCAAUACCGCAUGUCCUUGCCCAUAUUCGCACGUCUCUGCGGCCUCCUCACCAUCGCCGCCGUCAUCUACGUCCUUUUUGCCCUCGACAUGUUUCCCGGCACACGCCCGCGAAUGGGCGCACACUAUGAUCCCGAAGCCGUGCAAGCGUUUGUCAAGGACAGUGUGAAGCCCGAACGGAUCAAAGAGUACUUGCGACACAUUACUAGCUACGAUCAUGUUGCCGGUACGGAGGGCGAUUACUACCUUGCGAGCUGGAUGCAGGAGCAGUGGAUGGAGACGGCGGGGUUCGAUGAGGUCGCCAUACUGGAUUACCAUGUCUAUCUCAAUUACCCCACGCACGAAGGACGGAGCGUGCGGAUUGUAGAGCCGGAGGGGAAGAGAUGGAAAGCGCAGCUGGAGGAGAAUCUGGUGGAUCCGCUUAAGCAGCAGACAUUGGUUUAUCAUGGACACAGCAGGAGCGGCGAAGCGACGGGACAUCUUAUCUACGCCAAUGGAGGGAGUCGACAUGAUUUCAAAUGGCUGAAGGAGAAUGGCGUGGAGACGGAGGGCGCGAUUGCGCUGGUGCGAUACUAUGCUUCGCAAGACGAUGCCGCGCUCAAGAUCAAAGCGGCGCAUGAAGUUGGCUGCGCGGGCGUGCUCAUCUACUCAGACCCCGCCGACGAUGGAGCGGGUAAGGGCGAGGUGUGGCCCGAUGGACCCUGGCGGCCGGCGGACAGCGUGCAACGAGGGGGCGUCGGCUUGACGAGUCUGAUCAUCGGCGACCCACUCACGCCUGGAUGGGCGAGCAAGAAGAACUCGAAGACGGUGAGCAAAGCUAGUAGCUAUGCUCUCCCUCAGAUUCCGUCGCUGCCUAUGCCGUGGCGGGAUGCGCAGAUCCUGAUCGAUGCACUUCAAGGCCAAGGGGUCGAGGUACCUCCAGACUGGGUUGGUGGCACGAAUGGUGACGGGGCGUGGUUCUCUGGCAAAAAGGGAGGCACUGGCGCCGUUCAGGUCGAGCUGCGUAAUAACAACGACGAGAACGAAAAGCAGCAGAUCUGGAAUGUGCACGGACUGAUCCAAGGGCUGGAGCAGGCGCAGGAGAAGGUGAUUAUCGGCAAUCACCGCGACAGCUGGUGUUUCGGCGCCGUCGACCCUGGCAGCGGAUCGGCAGUCAUGAUGGAGGUCAUCGACAUCUUCUCCGCCCUGCGAAUGGCUGGCUGGCGACCGUUGCGCAGCAUCGAGUUUGUCAGCUGGGAUGCGAAGGAAUUCAAUCUCAUGGGCAGCACGGAGUAUGUGGAGGAGCGCUCCGACUAUCUCCGCGACCACGGCAUUGCAUAUCUCAAUGUCGACGCCGGCGUGUACGGAUCCAAUUUCCAUGCCGCCGGCAGCCCGCUAUUCCAGAAACCGCUCUUACACGUGCUGAGUCGUGUAGAUGACUCCGCCAAGAACGGCACUCUGCGACACAUCUGGGACGAGGAAUCGAACCAACUGGGCACCUUGAGCGCAGCAGGCGAUCACGUCGCUUUCCAGUCCAUCGCCGGCACGUCGUCCAUCGACUUUGGCUUUCGUGGCCCGCCGCAUGCCUUCCCUUACCACUCCUGCUACGAAACCUUUGACUGGAUGGAGAAGUUCGGAGACCCGGACUUCAGCUACCACCGCACGCUGGCGCAAGUGUGGGCGCUGCUGAUCCUCGAGCUCGCCGACCGCCCGCUCAUCCCCUUCAACCUCGUCUACUAUUCUCGCCAAAUCGAAAGCUACAUCCACGACCUCGAGCAGACCGCGCUCAACCUCUACACAGCAACAUCUAACGACAGCAGCACCACCAUCACCCCAGAUCGCCUCAACACCACCACUACCUUUAGCAUCUCCCCGCUCCUCACCGCCGCCCAAAACCUCACGCAACAAGCGCAAACCUUCCAGAAAUUCGAAGACGAAUGGUCGCGCAGCGUACGCUGGGCCGGCGGCCUGGAAUCCCCCGCCUUCUCGGCGCGAAGACUAGAUUACAACGAACGGAUCGCGCGCUUCGAAACGGAUCUGCUGGAUUUGCCCGCGGGCAAGCACGACAAGGGCCAGCAUGGCAUUCCGGGACGGGAGCAGUUCAAGCAUAUCGUUUGGGGCCCGAGGGUGUGGAGCAAUGGGCAGGAGGGCAGUAACUAUUUCCCCGCUGUGAGGGAUUUGUUGGACGAGGGGGAUUGGGUUGGGGCUAUGGAGAUGGUGAAGAGGGCGGCGGGGAUUUUGGAGCGAGCGGGCAGGCGGUUGGUGGAGGAGUGA